UUUCCCUUUGGGUGCAAGAUAAUGACCACUGCAACGCUAAGGUUGAAAAGGGAAAAUCUAAUGUUAAUAUGCCCAAAAUGAAUUUCUCUUUCCAAGAAAGUUAUUCGUUUCCUGAAAGCCCUAAGCAAUAGAAGAGAAGGGAAGGAGGGAGAGAAGCAGAAUAGAAUAUAAAAAGGAAUGAACGGACUUUUUGUCCAUCUUAUAUCUGCGACGCCUUCUCCAUUGCUCUCCUUCAAUCGAUUCUCUUGUUUUCACUCUUCGUUUUCUCUCCCCAAAACUGACAGAUUUCUUUAGAGCAAAUUCUAGAAGACUUAUCUCAACGUCGAAGAUAGCAUCAGUUGCAGCCAUGGAUGAGAACCCUGGGAAUGUCAAGCAACAGCUAUCGAAACUAUUUGAAGCAUCACUUAAAGCAACAGUUCCUAAUGAGCUGGAGAUAGACAUAGAGCCGCUGGUUGCAGCUUGCACUGGAAAAUUUGGGGAUUAUCAAUGUAAUAAUGCUAUGGGCUUAUGGUCAAAGAUAAAAGGCAAAAAGACUGAGUUCAAGGGUCCUCCCUCGAUUGGACAGGCUCUCAUGAGAAAUCUUCCUGCAUGUGACAUGGUAGAAUCUUGCUCUGUUGCAGGACCUGGAUUUGUAAACGUUGUUUUGUCAAAAAAAUGGAUAGCCCAGAGGAUACAAAAUAUGCUUACAGAGGGUAUUGGGACAUGGGCACCAAGAUUGCACAUCAGUAGGGCAGUUGUUGACUUUUCUUCACCCAACAUUGCAAAGGAAAUGCAUGUAGGCCACUUGAGAUCUACUAUUAUUGGUGAUACUAUAGCUCGCAUGCUGGAGUUUUCAAAUGUUGAAGUUCUUCGGCGGAACCAUGUUGGUGAUUGGGGUACACAGUUCGGUAUGCUGAUUGAGUACCUUUUUGAGACCUAUCCAAAUUGGGAGGAUGAACCAGAAAGAGCUGUUGAAGAUCUACAGGCUUUCUACAAGAAAUCUAAAGAAAAAUUUGACAAGGAUUCAGACUUCAAGGUGAGGGCUCAACAAGCUGUGGUUCUCCUUCAGCGUGGAGAAGCUAGGUAUCGGGCAGCAUGGGAACAGAUCUGCGAGAUAAGCCGCAGGGAAUUUGAUCAGGUCUAUAUCCGCCUUGGAGUUCAUCUGGAGGAAAAGGGGGAAAGCUUUUAUAACCCAUAUAUUGCUGGAGUUCUGAACUUAUUGGCUGAGAAAGAUUUGAUUCAGGAUAGUGAGGGUGCUCGUGUGAUCUUCAUUGAUGGGAAGAAUAUACCUCUUAUUGUUGUGAAGAGUGAUGGGGGUUAUAACUAUGCUUCAACCGAUCUAACUGCUCUUUGGUAUCGCCUUAAUGAAGAGAAAGCUGAGUGGGUAAUAUAUGUCACUGAUGUUGGUCAACAACAGCACUUUGAAAUGGUAUUCAGUGCUGCCAGAAUGGCCUCUUGGCUUCCAUCUGAUGUUAAUUUGUAUCCCAAAGUCAACCAUGUGGGAUUUGGUCUUGUUCUUGGAGAUGAUGGAAAGCGCUUUCGGACCCGCAGUAGUGAAGUAGUUCGAUUGGUUGAUUUACUUGAUGAAGCCAAAAAUCGCAGCAUAGCAGCACUUGCUGAGCGUGGUAAAGCUACAGAGUGGACACAGGAGAAGAUUGAAGAAACUGCUGAAAGAAUAGGUUAUGGGGCUGUAAAGUAUGCUGACCUGAAAAACAACAGGCUGACCAAUUAUACAUUUAAUUUUGAUCAGAUGCUUAAUGAUAAGGGAAAUACCGCAGUUUACCUUUUGUAUGCAUAUGCUCGAAUAUGUUCGAUCAUCAGGAGAUCUGGUAAAGACAUAGAAGAUCUGAAGAGAACAGGAGCCAUUUCGCUAGAUCAUGCAGACGAGCGUGUGUUGGGCCUUCAUUUGCUCCUAUUUGCAGAGACUGUUGAGGAGGCUUGCACCAAUCUCCUGCCAAAUGUGUUGUGCGAGUACCUUUAUAACUUGUCAGAGAACUUCACAAAGUUUUAUUCAAAUUGUCAGGUUGUUGGAUCGGCUGAGGAAACAAGCAGAUUAUUGUUAUGUGAAGCAACAGCCAUCGUCAUGGGAAAAUGCUUCUUUCUACUUGGAAUUACGCCUGUCGAUCAAAUUUGAUCAACCUUACUAUCCCAUCAUUUAAGGUCUAAUUAUUCAAGGUCAAUUUGAAUUGUAGAAUAUGUAUGUGUACAUAAACUGAUUCUUGGUUUUUGAUUGGGACAGUUGAGGUUAUUCAUGGCGUAAAAUUUUGGUCAAGUAAUCAAGAACUUCUUUGGAUUUGAAAUUUCAAAAA